CGCGAGCUAAUUUCGCCUCAUUAACAGCACUAUGUGCGUUACUACUACAUACUGUGGGAUGCACGCAAUGAGUUAGCUGCUUGUUAUAUGUACAGCAAUGAUUUAACACUAAUUUAAUAAUGCUAAUCGUCUCUGCUCUCGUGGCGGCGGUCACGCGGUUGGUUGGUUGUUUUCUGGUUGGAUUAGCAUUCGCCGGGUUACCUCGACGUGCGCACACCUUCGUAUCUGGCGCGCAUACAUGUGAUGUAUUUGCUUUGGCGCAACAGCUAUCAUACUUUUACAUGUCGCGGCGAGACGCGUCUCUCUGUAUUUCUCUCUUUCAGUUUUCAUUGCGAGAUUUUCCGUGCAGGUCCGCGCGCCUGCGCGCACCAACUCGCAACGCGAUGAUGCUCGAAAUCUGUUGGACGUUCGUCGCUCUUCUUACAUUGUUACCGAAGAGGCUACACUUUACUGUCUUGACCAAUCCCGAUGAAUGCAGCAUCGAAACGAGUCUCAAUGAAAGCAACUUAUUUUGCCUGCACGCUCCGCCGCAUACUCCGAAUAUUGAAGGUUAUGGGAGGAUCAAUACUUUAAUAAUUCAUGAUGGGCAUGACAAGAUUUUGGAUGCGGAAUCAGUAUUGAAAGAUUUUUCUUGUCUACGACGUUUUGUGAUAAAAAGCGGCAAUCUCACCUCGAUAAUUUCACCUUUUCCGGCAAGUGCUAAUCUACUUGAGGUGGUCGAAAUCACGGGCACAAGCCUGCGUACACUGACGGCACGAAGCUUCGCCGAUCUGCCGGCUCUGCGGGUGCUUGAUUUGCGAAACAAUGCCCUUAUCUACAUUGAUCCGACAGACUUGAUUGGCAUUCCUACCCUGCAAGAGCUUUAUUUAUCAGGAAACCAAUGGAAAUGCGACGAGAGCGCGGCAUGGUUCGCAAACGCAAGUUUUGCCUCGUUAGUCCAUCGUGUGUUUGACAAGGAGGAACUUAAUUGCGCGGCACCACUCAAAAAUCGACCUCUUCUGCCGGUCAUGCAAUUCAAACAGCAGUUGGCCGAAGAGUGCCUGCUGCUGAAGGUAUGCGAGUGCAAGCUAGUGUACGCCGUGAACGGUUUAACCCUGGGACUUCAGUCUCAGCAGCAACAGCAACAGCAGUUGUCGCUGCCUCGUCAGCGUACGUUUAUAGCUUUCGCCUCUGUCAACUGCAGCCACCGGGGUUUUACCGAUAUGCCGUCCUUCCUGCCUGCCAACACCACCACGCUCCACCUUGAGGGCAACAAGAUCACCGAUUUGGCACCUCUUAAAUCUAACUCUGUUUAUAAAUCCUUAUUGGACCUGUACUUGGAUGACAAUAUGAUCGAGUCUAUAAUGAUGCUAGACGGUUCUUACUGGCUAGAGAGGUUUCGACUUUUGAGUCUCCGGGGUAAUAAAUUGACCGACUUUCCGACGUACGCGUUCGAGAACGUUUUGCCGAACAGUGAAAGUGCGGUAAACAUUUUUCUCGGCCACAAUCCGUGGAGAUGCGAUUGUGAAUUUACGCCGGGCUUUCAAGAGCUUCUUAUAAAGUAUGGCUACUUGGUCAAGGACAUAAGCGACGUUAGAUGCGGUCCGGUAGGAAACGGCGAAUUUGCCAAUAAACAGAUUCGCGAAUUAUCGAGGACGGAAAUUUGCGUGCCGACGGAUGAAAACUACUGGGUAUACCCACUGGAUAUUCUCAACGUGCUCCUGGCCAGUCUCAUCAUCCUGAUUCUCGUCAAGCUAUUCUAUGACUACUGGAACUUCAAACGUACCGGCAAACUGCCCUGGCUCGUCGCCAGAAUACCGUGAUCAUCGACCAAUCCACCGACGUCAGCAGCAACUCGUUUUUCAAUUUUCGCCGCUUCUCGACAAUAUUGCAUUUUCAUUUGUAAAUAUAAUGGCAUCAUGUUUGUUGAUUUAAUUAUUCGAUUUGGCCGACUGACCGUGAAAUAAUGCUCGGAUGACUUUUAUUGAGAAUUGCGUUUCUCUUUCUCUUUUUAUAUGGAUGACUGUACGUUUCGAAUCGACGGAUUCUCUAUUAUUGUACGUUUUUAGCAGCAAAAUUUAACGUCAUUAAAUGAAAAAAUAAUGUAUUCUUUUUUUGUUUCACGCGUGUUUCUGUUACUUCGUGUUUUAUAUUAAAACAUUUGAGAGGUACGCCGUCGUAAAAACAAUAAGUGCCAGUGAAACGCAAAAGUAUGAAUGAAAAGUAAAGAGCUAAGUUCACGGUAAGUCGUAAAAAGGAGAACAACGUCUCUUAUUCGUCCACUAUCCUUUGCUACGCGAGUUCGCAAAAGUAGGCGAAGGAUUUCACGCAAUACUUAGUUUUAAUAAAACAAAAAUCCAACUGCAGUCCUCUCUCUCGGGCCGUACUGUUCCAUUAAAAAUUUUACAACGUGCACUUGUCGCUCAGGAGCGUGCGCGCGCUCCGAUCCGCUCAAUAAAAAUCCAAGUCUCGUGCACGCUCGAAUGGAAAACAUCCUCAGGUCCCAAAGUAAAUAGGAGAGAAGCAGAAACUGUCUGCGCGCGAGAACGAGGAGGAAAACAGGAAAGCCGAGUGGAUUCAUAAAUUGAGCCGACAUCUUGGCUGUUGGCGCCCGAUAAUCGCUUAUCGUAGCGUAAAAGUCCCUUGCACUUUGAUCCCCCGGCCGAUAUUUCACUUUGUGAGAGCACGCGGCGCUCCCGGGCCUCUCGAGGCGUGUACUACCGUCGCUGCUACCUGGGCUAUUUAAGCUACGCGAGAGAGGCAGAGCACCCUCCCCAAGAGCGAGCCCUCUGUAAACACACUCAAACGUACACACGAGUGAGUGGCUAAUGGAAAAACAUUUCUCAUGGGACUCGCCGACCAUGGAAUACCUGGUUUUAUGCGCGCAGGACUCUGCUGUUGAACUACGCCAACUUUCCUACUCGACUUUCUUGUUUUUCGGGCUUUGCAUUAGGGCAUUACAUUACACUCACUGUUUACCAUGAUUUUUCCCGUCGCGAUUGAUGCGUAUGACUCAUUACGUUACUAAUAGAUAGUUUUUCAUUUGAAAGUUGUGUUUGUCCGACCAUAACCGGAAUUAUCUAUUGAAAUAUAUCAUGGCGAAUCAACUACAGCAAGCGUAAUCAUUUGAAUACCCAAUUAGAACUGGAUCAUUUGAAUUAUUGUUACAACAAGAGAUUAAGCACUGCAUGAAACGUAAUUACUCUACGAUACAAUUUAUGCGAUAUUAUGUAGAAAACAAAUUUGCAGUAUCAUUUUCUGCUCGAUUCAUGUGAACUGAAAUUGGAUUUCAGAUAUGAUAUCAACAACAUUACAAUGCUGAAAUACGAUCUAACUGAAAUCCCGUUCAUUAUCAUCCAGCCGUGAAAUGCAAUAUACCACUAUCAAACUAAUUACUUCGAUGUAAAUUAUAAUCUUGCGGCUGGGAAAAAAUGUUAAUUGGAAGCACAAAAUUGAAUCUCCAAAUGAAUUGUGAGCUCGAUCUAAUUAUAUCCGUAAAACAGCUGAGCUUGGCUGGCGCAGCUGCCGGGCUGAAAAUCAUCUAAGAUGAAAGCUACGCUCAUAAACACUUGCCUAAGUAAAACCCUAGCUUUUUCCUUCAAAGGCAUUUGCUAAAAGCAUGCGGGUGUACGUGCGUGCACGCCUUUGAAAGUUCUACUCUUUUAAUUUCAAACGCUGUUUUUUUCUCGAUAUGUUAUGUAUAGCUUGUAAAAAUUUAUUACAUGUAAUCUUGAUAAGAUUGAAUGUAAGGUUUAAACUUUGCUGACAUUUUUGUGGCAGGGCAUAAUUUUCACUUGUUACACUUUCAAUUUAGUGCAAAGCUUUAUGUACCAUAACCGAUGGCUCACGCA